AUGAGGGUCCGCGGAGGGGUGAUCCACUGUAGGUGCUCCAAGUGUUUUUGUCUUCCUUCAAAGCGAAGAAUAAAAAAGAGGCCCCGUGUCUUAACUUUAUUGAGUCUCCCCGAAGAUGUCCUCUUCCAUAUACUGAAAUGGCUUCCUGCGGAGGAUAUCCUUGCCAUCAGAGCUGUACAUCCGCAUCUUAAAUAUCUUGUAGAUAAUCAUGCCAGUGUUUGGGCCUGUGCAAGCUUUCGGGAGAUGUGGCCUUCUCCAGAUAACCUAAAGCUUUUUGAAAGGGCUGCUGAAAGUGGUAAUUUUGAAGCUGCUGUGAAGCUAGGGAUUGCCUACCUCUACAAUGAAGGCCUGUCUAUAUCAGAUGAGGGUCGUGCAGAAGUGAACGGAUUAAAAGCAUCACGUUUCUUCAGCUUAACGGAACGCCUAAAUGUUAAUGCUGCUCCAUUUAUCUGGCUAUUUAUUCGCCCUCCAUGGUCUGUGUCUGGAAGCUGCUGUAAAGCUGUUGUCUUUGAAAGUCUCAAAGCAGAAUGUCAGUUUCAAAAGGUUCAUAAGGGAUCUAUACUCUAUUGUUUGGGGAAAGUUUUAAGCCUUUUUGAGGAUGAAGAGAAAAGAAAAGAAGCACUUGAAAUGUUUGAGGAAUCAUCUAAUCAGGGAUGUUUAAAUAGUUCUUACCUCCUUUGGGAGAGUAGUCAGAGGACUGCUAUGUCAGAUCCAGGAAGAUAUCUCCAGAGCCUCCGGAAACUCAGGGACUAUGCAACCAAGGGCUGUUGGGAAGCACAGAUAUCUUUAGCCAAAGCUUGCGGAAAUGGAAAUCAGCUGGGAUUAGAAGCAAAAUCUUCAAAUGAAGUUGUAUUGCAGCUCUUUCAGGCUUCGCACCCUGUCAGUAAAGAGAGCAUCUUCACUGUGCAGAAGGGAAUGAAUGACACAAUGAGGUACAUUUUGAUUGACUGGCUAGUGGAAGUUGCCACCAUGAAGGAUUUUACAAGCCUCUGCCUUCAUAUGACAGUGGAAUGUGUAGAUCGUUACCUGAAGCUAAGAGUGGUGCCUCGAGCCAAGCUGCAGCUUCUGGGAAUUGCUUGCAUGGUCAUCUGUACCCGUUUCAUUAGCAAAGAGAUCUUGACAAUUCGUGAAGCAGUUUGGCUAACAGAUAACACUUAUAAAUAUGAAGAUCUAGUAAGAAUGAUGGGAGAGAUUAUUUCUGCCCUGGAAGGAAAGAUUCGAAUUCCUACUCUCGUAGAUUACAAAGAAGUGCUAUUAAAUGUAGUCCCAACAGAGAGAAGAACCCUUCACCUGUACAGCUUUAUCUGUGAACUCUCCUUGUUGUAUACAAGCCUGUCUGUGUACUCCCCUGCCCAUCUGGCUGCUGCAGCCCUGCUGCUGGCCAAGUUGAUGCAUAGGCAAGCACAUCCCUGGACAAGUCAAUUGUGGGAAUGCACUGGAUUCUUCUAUGAAGACCUGAUACCCUGCGUUUUGAGCCUUCAUAAAAAAUGCUUUCAUGAUGAUGCCCCAAAGGAUUAUAGGCAAGUUUCCUUGACAGCUGUGAAACAACGUUUUGAGGAUAAACGAUACGAAGGAAUUGGCCAAGAAAAGGUAAUGGGUUAUGGCCAGUUGUGCAAGCUGUUAGGAGUGAAACAAGAGGACACAGAACCUUCUUCCUCUCCCAAUGUGGAAGAAAUUCAGACCUUCCUCAAUUCACCCUCUGGGAAGAGAACCAAAAGAAGAAGGGAAAACAGCAUUCAGGAAGAUAGGGGCAGUUUUGUAACAACACCCACUGCUGAAUUAUCCAGCCAAGAAGAAACUCUGUUGGGCAACUUCCUGGACUGGAGUUUGGACUACUGCUCUGGGUAUGAAGGAGAUCAGGAAAGCGAAGGAGAGAAAGAAGGAGAUGUCACGUCCCCCAGCGGCGUCCUCGACGUCACGGUGGUGUACCUGGAUCCAGAGCAGCAUUGCUGUCAGGAGUCCAGCGACGAGGACAGCCGGCUAGAGGAGCGCAGCGACGGGCAGGAUGCGCCUGGCCUGCGGCCGGAGCCCAAGCUCCCCGACAAACACCGGCUCCUUUUCCAGGACAGGAGGGAGCCCAGAACCGAAGCGACCUCCGGCUACUCCUCGGUCAACAGCGCCAGCCCCACGUCCUCUGUGGAGAACAACUUUGGGGCGUUUCUCAAAACUACCUCAGCGCUGUCCCCGGGCAGUGACCGGAACACUCACCCGUGUACGCCCACCUCCUUGGAAUCAUGUUUACAGUCUCUUCACACCAGUCCGGUAGAGAGCGGCCUCCACCGGAGACCGGUGAAGAGGAAAAAUGUGGCCGAGCACAGUGACAAGAAGAACUUGGGAUUCUGGAGUCUGUGA